AUGUGGUAUCUCAAAACCAAUUUGUCUGGCGAGGCUGGCAAACUAAUCAGUCAUCUAUCCUUGACAGAGGAUAAUUACAAAACGGCAUGGAUGUUGCUGCAAGAACGUUAUAACAAUAAGCGGGUUCUUGUUUCCACUCUAGUAGAACGGAUUUUGAGUCAACCAAAUGGAACAACGGCCUCCAUCAAGGCUCUGCAUGACACUACAAAGGAAUGCAUGCUAGCCCUCAACAAUCUUCAAAUCGACACAACGUCUUGGGAUGCUCUAUUGAUUCAAUUGAUCACAAAGAAAUUGGAUCACGCUCUGUACAUACGAUUCAUGCAAUCACUGGCGAAUCCGAAGGAAGUUCCUACUAUGAAAGAGCUGUUUUCAUUUUUGGAACUGCAAUUCGAAUCAAUGCAAUCGAUUGGAAAAGCGGCAUCUACUCACAAGGGUUCAAUCAAAACUGUUUCGUCCGUAACAUCAGUGGAGGAUCACAGGAGUUGUAAACUAUGCAAGAACGACUCCCAUCCAAUUUAUCAUUGUAAGAAGUUCUUGGCAAUGACAGAAGGUGAGCGAUUGAAAUGGAUACAGCAACAUAAAUUGUGUGUAAAUUGUUUCAAAUCGGACCAUGCAGCAAAAACUUGUUUUUCUGGCAACUGCAAAAUAUGUAGUAAUAAGCACAAUACAUUGCUACAUUUGCCAAAAAAGUCUCAACCGUCGCCGAAGGCCUCAAAUCAAUCACCACCAACAAAAAUCGAUAUCGCACCAGUCAACGUUACUGCAGUUUCUUCGGCAUCAGCAGAAGAUCAGAAAAGGGUAAUCCUAGCAACGGCUAGAGUCAUCAUCAAAGCGACUAACGGUAUGUCAGGCGAAUUUAGAGCGCUGUUAGACUCGGGUUCGCAAGUGAACAUUGUGACGGAAAGACUCAUACAAAAAUUGUCACUUAGAAAAGCAGAUGCCUCUUUAUCUAUUUCCGGAGUCGGAAGGAUUCAGAAGAAGGCUUAUCAUCGGGUAAACAUACAAAUGUUAUCAAGCAAUUCUGAAUUUUCCACAAAUUUGGAAGCAUUUGUUUUGCCCACAAUUAUACCUCCGCAACCAAAUCAUGAUUUGGAUAUACAAAACUUGCAAAUUCCCAAGAAUAUUAGAUUAGCAGACCCUAAUUUUAACGUUCAAGGAAAAAUUGACAUUUUACUCGGAGCUGAGUUUUACUUCAGUUUAAUGCAACCAGGCACGAUAAAACUAAAUGGUCAUCAACCCAUACUCCAAAAUACUGCGCUUGGCUGGAUGGUAGGUGGUUUAAUUCAACAAUCGUCAACGGACGACACAUCAGCAGCGCUAACAUGCGCAAUUUUUAGUGAAACAUCACUGGAACAAGCUAUCGAAAAAUUAUGGAAACUUGAGGAAGUGGAAUCAACUGAAAAGGUCAUGUCUCCAUUAGAAACCCUUUGCGAAUCUCACUUCAAUCAACAUGUUAAGACGGAUCAGAAUGGUCGUUUCAUCGUCAGCUUUCCGUUUCAAGAAUCUCCAACAGCAUUGGGGAAAUCACAUGCAAUGGCUUAUAACCGAUUUAUGAGCCUUGAACGCCGACUUCUACAGAAGGAAGAUAUCCGAAGUCAGUACGUUAAAUUUAUGCGAGAAUAUGAACAAUUAGGACACAUGCAAAAGAUUGACGUGUGUACCGUAUCAAAUCCUAAAUAUUUUAUUCCGCAUCAUUGUGUUCUCAAGCCCGAUAGUACAACAACAAAACUUAGGGUUGUAUUUGACGCAUCAGCGAAAACUUCAUCAGGUCAAUCGUUAAAUGAUCUAAUGUAUACAGGACCAAUCGUACAAAGUGAAUUGUUUUCUAUUUUGCUGAGGUUUCGAUUGCCAAAAUUCGUCUUCACAACCGAUAUUGAAAAGAUGUACAGGCAGAUUUUAAUGCAUCCCGAUGAUCAAAGGUAUCAGCUAAUUAUCUGGAGAGAGGAUCCAUCCCAUCCAGUCAGUUAUUACAAACUUAAUACGGUCACAUAUGGGACACGUUCAGCACCGUAUCUGGCUACAAAAUGCUUACAAAAGAUUGCAAACGAGAACAUGGAGCGUUAUCCAUUAGGCUCACAAAUGCUGAAAGAUAAUUUUUAUAUGGAUGACGGUCUCGUCGGUGCAGAUAGCCUAAGUACAGCUAUUGAAAUACAAAAGGAGUUAAUAGCAAUCUUGAAAAAACACGGCUUCAUUCUAAGGAAAUGGUCAUCCAAUACACCAAGAUUGCUGAAGGACAUACCACCUAGCGAUCGAGAAGUGAACCUGGAUCUCAACGAAUCUCAAACAAUAAAGACGUUGGGAUUAUAUUGGAUGCCGCAAGCAGAUCAAUUUUGUGUAAAAACGAACAUUGAUCAUAAUGAAAUCAUAUCAAAACGAGUAGUUACGUCUGAACUAGCAAAAUUAUUUGAUCCGCUUGGUCUACUUGCACCGAUUGUGGUGAAGGCAAAAAUAUUUAUUCAGCAGCUGUGGCAACAUACAUUAGAUUGGGACGAAGCAUUACCCGAAAAACUUUGUGCCACUUGGAAAACAUUUCGGAGGGAAUUGGAAGGUCUCAACAACUUUAAGAUACCGCGACAUGUAUUCUGUGGGGAGAUCCCGACGAAAAUCCAGUUGCAUGUGUUUGCCGAUGCAUCGGAAAGAGCUUUUGGCGCGGCUAUUUAUAUUCGUUUUAUUGGAAAAGAUGGACGAGUAGUUGUACGUCUGAUCUGUGCUAAAUCCAGGGUAGCUCCUUUGAGAAAACAAACUCUACCGCGAUUAGAGCUAUGUGCCGCAGUGGUAGCAGCUCAACUGGCUACCAGGGUGAAAAAUGACCUAAGGCUUCAGAAUAAUCCGAUGUUUUUAUGGACUGAUUCUGAAAUAGUACUCGCCUGGAUAAAAUCAAGGUCCAACGUAUAUAAGACUUUUGUGGCUAACAGGGUAUCCACCAUACAAAACUUAACAUUGCCAGAACAAUGGAACCACGUUAAGUCAAAAGAAAAUCCUGCCGACAUUUUAUCCCGAGGACUCUCGCCAGCUGAUCUUUCUAAAUGCCGAUUAUGGUUUCAUGGUCCAGUUUUUCUUCAUGGAAAGGAAGAACUAUGGCCGACCAAAUUCUCUCCGCAAGAGGAUAUAACAAAUAGCAUGGAGUUAAAGACUGCAGCUACGACGUCAAUAGUAGCUUCUGACAUGCAUCUAAUACAUAUGAUCGAGCACAAAAAUUCAUUCAGGAAGUUACAAAGAAUUUUGGCAUACGUGCUUAGAUUCACCAGCAAUGCACGUAUGCAAAAGGUGCACGUAAUGCACGUAUAA